AGGAAGUGGCCAUGUUAACCUACUCGCGUUUCUUGCACCGGUGUCGGACAGGGAGAGAUCGAGGGAGAGCCCCAGAUUUCUCGCUUCCGAGCUUUUUCAUCUCUCACCCUUCCUUUAGUCCCCCUUCUCACACGCAUAGCAAACAAAAGCCUUCUCUUCUCUCAACCUCCUCAUUCCCUCAUCUCCAGUCCAUCAAACCCUAACCCUAAAUGGCACUCUCCGACAACAAUUGUCAAUCUCUGAUCCCGAGCUUCCUCUACUCAACUUCAUCAUUAGCAUCGCCAUCUUCGAAGAAAACCCUAGAUUUCAUCAGCAAAAACCCUAACUUGCUAUUGCCUUCAGCAAAUGGAGUCUCAUCGAAGAGGAGUUUUGUGAUUCCAUCUCCGAGCGAGCCGAGGAAGAUCGAGAUGUACUCGCCGGCUUUCUACGCCGCCUGUACCGCCGGUGGAAUUUUGAGCUGUGGUCUCACGCACAUGGCCGUCACUCCCCUUGAUCUCGUCAAAUGUAAUAUGCAGAUCGAUCCUGCAAAGUACAAGAGCAUCUCCUCUGGAUUCGGGGUUUUGCUUAGGGAGCAGGGAUUUAAAGGUUUCUUCAGGGGCUGGGUGCCAACACUGCUCGGUUAUAGUGCUCAGGGUGCCUGUAAGUUUGGAUUCUACGAGUUCUUUAAGAAAUACUACUCAGACAUUGCUGGACCCGAGUAUGCUGCCAAGUACAAGACCUUGAUCUACCUCGCUGGUUCUGCAUCUGCCGAGGUCAUUGCUGACGUUGCACUUUGCCCCAUGGAAGCUGUCAAGGUCCGUGUCCAAACUCAACCUGGGUUUGCCAGAGGGUUAGGUGACGGGUUUCCCAGAUUUGUCAAAUCUGAAGGUGCCCUUGGGUUGUAUAAGGGAAUUGUUCCUCUUUGGGGGCGUCAGAUUCCAUAUACCAUGAUGAAAUUUGCAUCUUUUGAGAACAUCGUGCAGCUUAUCUACAAACAUGCUAUUCCUACCCCAAAGGACCAAUGUAGCAAGACUUUGCAGCUAGGUGUUAGCUUUGCUGGAGGCUAUAUUGCUGGUGUUUUUUGUGCUAUUGUUUCGCACCCUGCUGACAAUCUUGUGUCUUACCUUAAUAACGCCAAGGGAGCUACUGUUGGUGAUGCUGUGAAGAAGUUAGGGUUAUGGGGUCUUUUCACCCGUGGUCUUCCACUUCGUAUUGUCAUGAUUGGUACACUCACGGGAGCUCAGUGGGGUAUUUAUGAUGCAUUCAAAGUUUUUGUUGGACUGCCUACCACCGGAGGUGUUGCCCCUGCUGCCCCCCCUGCUUCUGCUGAACUGGCAAAGAUGUAAAACGUUGGCUGGUGAUUAAUGAACAACAGAAUGCUGCUGCUUUUUUUUUUUGGUUUAGAGUCGGGAGAGUGGAAGGCUUAUAGACGGAGGAGGGAGGACCAAUAACUAGGUUGCUGACCCUGCAGGUGGUGAGCGUGUAUUCUUUUUCGGUUCAGAGGACUGUUAAUCUUGAAUCGUUGAUUAUUUUGAAUUUUUGGAAGGAUGGUUUUGAUUACAUCCUUCAAACUCCAUUUUAGGCUUUAAGAAGGUUGAGCAAUGAGUACAAUGGCCCUCAAUAGAAGAGUGGGGCUCGAUAAUAAUGGACGGAUGGGGGCGGGGGAAAGGAUUGGAAGUUUUAUCUGUCCAUCUAUACAUUAAUCAUUUCAUCUCGAAAUAUAUUUCCAUUUCGUAUGCAGGUCUUGUUAUCCUGCGGUCGUGCCACCCCUUUUCAGUGGGUGCACGUGCUAUAAAUAUAUCUUCACCCCUUUUCAGUUAUC